AUGUCACGAAGACCGCCGCCAAACCCCGCUGCCGAGAGAGCGGCCCAAAACCAGCUGACAAUCAAGAGUCUCUUGAAGUUGGAAUCUAACAAAGUAUGCGCCGACUGCAAAAAGAACAAGCAUCCGCGAUGGGCAAGCUGGAAUCUUGGUGUCUUCAUUUGCAUCCGGUGUUCGGGCAUCCACCGUGGCAUGGGUACGCACAUUAGCAGAGUCAAGUCUGUCGACCUCGAUUCCUGGACCGACGAACAACUCCGAAGCAUCCUCAGCUGGGGCAACGCCCGCGCGAACAAGUACUGGGAGGCCAAGCUGGCUUCUGGCCACGUCCCCUCCGAAUCCAAGAUCGAGAACUUCAUCCGCACCAAGUACGAGCUCAAGCGAUGGACGAUGGAUGGCCCCAUUCCCGACCCCGCCAGCCUCGAUGUCGACGGCGACGACGAUGUGCCCUUGAGUCUGGUCAAGGAGAAGCAGAACGUGGAGCGAAGGGAGUCGGUUCGCAAAGGUUCGGUUGGAAACUCGGCGGCUCCUUCCAGGAAUGUUACUUCCCCACAGCCGCAAGUUGAUCUCAUCGGCGGCGAUCCGAUCCCCAGAGCAAGCACAGCUGGUCCGCAGACCGGAAAAGUGCCCCCCAAGUCCGACCCUGCGCCUCCCAAGGCCACGAGCACUAAGGAUUCUCUCUUGGGGCUGGACUUCUUCGGCGAGCCCGCUGCUCCUCCACGACCCGCCAGUACCAACAACGCAGGCGGCAUGGGAGGAACUUCGCGGCCAGACCUCAAGCAGUCUAUUCUGUCGCUCUAUGCCUCGGCUCCACGACCGCAACCCCAGCAACAGCAGCAGCAACAACAACAACAACAGGCCCCUCAGGUCACUGGCGGGGCUUUCGGAGGCAUGCCCUCGCCCACCUUUGGACACCAACAGCAGCAGUCGUUUGGCGGCAUGACGGAUGCCUUCAGCAGUCUCAGCUUCUCCAACACCACCAGCCCUAAGCCGGCCCAGGCAGACCCGUUCGCAAGCUUGGCCAGUCCUGGCAAUAGCAGAUCACCGCCGCCCGCGUCGAACAAUGCGUUUGGCGGCCUAAGUGGUGGUAGCUUCUUCGACGCGAAGCCGGCAGCACCCGCGCCGUUAACGCAUCAGAAGCAACCUUCGAGCAGUAGCUUUGGCGGAUUUGGCUGGUCCAGUUCUCCUGUCCCGGCCCCCGCCCAGUCCCAGCCGAAACCUACUCAACCAGCGUCUUCCAUGGGCGACCUUUUCGAUCUGUCUGCCCCAUCCCAGCCCGCCGCUGCCCCUAGCAAGCCCUCUCCUACUCCCGCCGCCUCCUCCGUCUUCAACCUCUCCUCGAACCAAGCCAAGUCACCGCCUCCCGCCGCCACGAGCACGAUCAGCUCAGGAAACUGGUCAAACUCGGAUGUCUGGGGCUCCAACGCCUGGAGCACCCCCGACACAAACAGCGCAGCUGCUGUGCCUGUCGCCAAGCCUGCCGAAGCCCCCAAGCCCGCCUUUGGAGGAACCGGUGAUUUUGGUGGAUGGGGCUCGUCUGGGGUGUCCUCUGGACUGCCUACUGGAUCGUUUGCCAACACGCCGAUUGUGCCCGGCUCGUCUGGUGGCUUCAGCGCCGCGCCCAAGGUUGCGGCCGACGAGGAGUUCGGUGGGUGGACCAGCAGUGCGGAACCCGCGGCCGGUGCCGGAUCUGCCAAACCUGUCGGAGGUAGUGAGGACCUCUUUUCGAACGUUUGGCAGUAA